UGUAUGUCGUAAACUAGCUGAGGUUUACUGUGACAGCUUCUCUAGCGGAAUGUCAUCCAGCUCUUUGACACAUUGCUAAAUUUUAACUUGUACGUUACAGAGACUUUCAAUACGGAUAUAUUUGCAGGUCCAUCCAUCUUUGUUGUCUGAGAUCAUCUGUCUCUCCCAUACAAGAAUCUCGGAUUUGUUUAUGCCAUCCGGAUAUACGUGUUCGCGACAAGGUGUGCUUUCUCUGGCAAGGAGAGACCGGAAUCGGAGCCUAACUAGCCUCAGCCUUGGACUCACGUAGGAAAGUCCAUGGCGAAUAGGGUGAUUGAAAAUGAAUUCCCCGCUCACUAUCCGGGAAGUGGCAUUGGAGGCUCGGGUCUUGCGAGCAGCGGGCUCACGGGUUUGGAGAACAUGUACCCCGACCACCGGACCUCAAUGUCCAGCGGCCACUCGCUACCGCCACAUAGUGUGAACCAUGGCGGAUCUAUGCACACAUCCUCUUACCCCCCAUACUCCACAAGUAGUUCCAUGACGGGGAUGGGUGCUAACCCCACCCAGGAUAGUCAAAUUAAACGGGACAAAGACUCGAUAUAUGGGCACCCGCUGUUCCCGUUGCUGGCGCUGAUCUUCGAGAAGUGUGAGCUUGCCACGUGUACCCCCCGAGAGCCGGGCGUGGCUGGGGGAGAUGUGUGCUCAUCGGAGUCUUUCAAUGAGGACAUCGCUGUCUUCAGCAAGCAGGUCCUGGCGAGGUCAGAUAAACCAUUAUUCUCAUCCAACCACGAGUUGGACAGUUUGAUGAUUCAGGCGAUACAAGUGCUGCGAUUCCAUUUACUUGAGUUAGAAAAGGUUCACGAACUGUGUGACAAUUUCUGCCAUCGAUACAUUAGUUGUUUAAAAGGCAAAAUGCCCAUAGACUUAGUGAUAGACGAACGAGAGGGAGCCGGAAGUACUACAUCAAAAAGCCCGGAAAAUCCCGAUCCGUCGGACCUACAGGAUCCUAGGUCUCCUUCAUCACAGCCUACCAACUUACCUCCAUUUAGUUCCCCUGACGAUGCUCAGUCAACGCGAUCAAAUGACACGCCCGUCACUAGUCAAUCUAAUACAAACUCAUCUCAAAAUGCUGACAACACCAGCGAAGCAGGGGACUGUUUGGAUAACAGUGUGGGAUCAGGGGAAGGAACUGCGGAUGAGGACUCAGAAGACCGAAACCCCAAACGGCAAAAAAAACGGGGAAUAUUCCCAAAAGUAGCUACAAAUAUUAUGAGAGCAUGGCUCUUUCAACAUUUAACUCAUCCAUAUCCAUCAGAAGAACAAAAGAAACAACUAGCACAAGAUACAGGAUUAACUAUAUUGCAAGUAAAUAAUUGGUUUAUCAAUGCAAGGCGGAGAAUUGUCCAGCCAAUGAUAGAUCAGUCAAACAGAGCCGCUCCCGGGGCACAUGCAGGGUACAGUCCUGAUGGAUCUCUCUCCUGGGAAAACCACAAUAUGCAAAUGGGGCAUGGCAUGUACAGAGUACCAGGUAUGCCUGGGGCUGACAUGUACGAUCCGAUGAAGACAGGUUACCCUCAUAUGGACAGUUCCCAACGUUAUGACAUGCUUGGCAUGCAUGGGGCGGACAUGUACGGCGCGCCACCUGUAAGCAGCUCGUACUCUCAAAUGUCCCAGUUACACGGACGUGGAACAAACUCUAUGCUUAUUCCCGGGCACCCCCAUCACAUGAUGAUGGGACACGGAGCCCAUGCUAUGAGUCCACAUGGAAUGUCCAUGGGCUCGGCGCAGAGCCCACCACUUCAUGGCAGCAUGGACUCAAUGGGACACAUACAAGAUAUUCACGCGGGUUAGCAAUAGCACAACGGGAAAAUCACUUGAAUCUGUAUGUGUCAUUGUUGGGGUCACAUAACAGCCUCUUUGACAGAAGUUGCUUAAUGCAACAUUUACAGGGUGGAACAUUUUGUAUUAUCACAAGUAUUAUUUUUCUCACUACCAUGCAGUGGAGGGUAGUCCUGCAUAGAAAACAGAUGGACAGAAUUGUAAUAAUACUGUCAGAGUAAUAGUGUCGAUAGCCUACACAGUGUCUGAUUGUCAUUCAACAAAAUACGGGUGAAUAUUUAUAAAUAUAAUGAUUUACCUAUUUUAAAGCCAUGGAUAACAGAAUGCAAGCAAUAUAUUGACCAGACACAUAAUUAUGGUCCUAUAGAGAAGCACUGCUGACUUGUUUACAUUGUACAGUUUAUAUUUGAAAUCUGAAAAUGAAUAGAUAAUAUUAUGGAUGCUUUGAAACGUAAAUAUGAAAAUAACUUCAGGGAAUUAAAUUCCUUCAUGCACAAAAAACAUGGUGGUGAUUAGUUUCUAUUGUGACAGACCUCUCACUGUGUGUCCCAUAACGCAACGCAUGUGGACACGGCAGUGGUUGCCAACACAUCACUGAAUGGUACUUUGGUGCACCAAGGAUAUAGUUGGCACAAAGUUUUACAGUUUUCAAAGCAGAAAAUCUGAAAAUAACCACGCUCGUCAACCUUUUUCAUUGAAUCAGACUGGAACUAGUCACUAUUAAAGCGAGAGAGAACAUGCCCACUUGAGUGACCUCUGGUGAAUUAUUAUCAUGAAACUUAUUGUACUCAUUUCAAAGCUGUUGACUUUUUAUCUCUUUCAUUUUGUUGGUAAAAAAUUGUACAAGUUUACUUUCCUUGUUAUCUUUUGUGUUUAUCUACCAGUAUUUACCUAGUCUUACAUAAUGGUUGAUUUUGGUUUUUGUUUUUAUAUGAGUGUGCUUUAAUAUGUUGUUGUUUUCCUUUUUUCCCAUUUUGAGCUGUACUUUUUUCUUUGAUGUGCUGCGUGUAUUUUUGUUUGACAAAACAUUAACUAUCACAUGAAACCUACUAAAGACAAAACCUUUUCCCUUAAAUUGCUUUCAUUUUCUACGUAAAAACAAUGAAGUCAAAUAGUUAAAUUUGUAGCAUAAUACAAAAUAUUUAAAUGAAUACAAAACUUUGUGACCUCAGACACUAUGUGUCCAUAUUAUUUGUUUAAUAGAAGAUUUUGUGUAACCUUUUUUGAUUAUUUUUCCAUGACAUGUGCGCGACUAAACUUGCAUUCAUUCCAUUUUGCUUUCUGGGUAUAUAAAAAUGUAAGUUCUAGGGUUGCCGGAAGACUGUCAUAGAUGUGGUAAUUUUUAAAGUCUUGUUAGAAACCCUGCAGUUGUAUUAACAUUGCACACUCUUCAACAUCAUCCUUAAAAUACUACCAUGUCCAUGCUUAGUAAUAUUUGUCCUUUAUCCCUGAUGCUGCAAUUAAAUGAGGAAUAACAGUAUUAGCAACUAAAUGGAUUAAAAUAAUGAAUUUUUAGGAAGAUUAUAAUACAAAAAACUAUAGCAUUAUCAUAACAUGUUCUGGAGAGAACUGGUCUCUGAUACUGGUUUUAAUGAAAUAUGAACAAAAAUGAACACAUAAGGUGGUCCGCAACAGUUUAUUAAAAACUCUUAUUAUGGGAACUGUAAAUACUUUGUAAUAUGUUAUUAUUCGAAUGGUCUGCCAUCUUAACAUAUUACGUAAGACCGAUGAUGAAACUAUGGUAUUCCAGGGCACAAUUUUAAACCAAAUGUAAAUAGGAAAUACAUAUUAAAGAGAAGUUAUAUUGUACUCUAAAAUAUCAUCUUAAAAAAUGCAAACAAUGUCCAUAUUGAAGGAGAUUUUUAUAAAUCUAUAUUGAAUCAAAGAACUGAUAGGGGUAAGAAUAAAUGUAGCAUUUAUAAUUAUUGUCUUUACCAAAAUCAUAACAUUUGAUUGCAUACAACUUCUUAAAAUUUUACCAUUAAUAAUUGGAUAACGGAAAUUCAGCUCCAACUUCUUUUAACAAAUGCUGACUUUUUUCUGACUUUUUUUCAAGCUCAUCUAAAAUUUAGAUGAAAACAAUGGUGAAAUGCUUUCAUUUUACAUUUUAUAUUUAAUAUCACAGUACCACAUAUUGUCCCAUUCAGAAACUACAAAUGUUUAAAAGCAGUAUUGUAUUGUUUACUAGAACUGUUCAUUAUGUCCUUUGUUAUAUUUUCUUUAUUUCCACCUGUGGUUAUAAUACUACUGUAGAAGAAUAUGUGCUGUCUAUUUAUGUAAAAAAACUUCAUUUUCAUUCUUUUUUAUUUUGUUAAGAUAAAUAUCUGAUGUUUAAAAUCAUCAGGGUCAUGAAACAAAACUAAAUAAUGUUUCAGUUUCCAUUUUAUCAAAGCAUAACUGGUAUUGUACAAUAUUGACAUUUAAAUUUAAACUUCUUUUUUAAAUAAACAUUGCAAAAUGAUAUCAACCUUACCCUAGCAAAUACCAUGCAUAAAUUAUCAGCAGAGAAAAACUAAAAUAUGAAUAUAUUAUCAUUAUGACACAAAAGGUCAGAAAAACUACUCUAAAACGGUGUUAUUCUUUAUGGAAACUCUAAUUUCAAUUUCUUUAUUUAUAUAUACCACCAUAAAAAAAAUGGACAGACAAUGGAAGCCAACCAUCAGCUCAUUUUCAUCUUGUAAUUGAUAAUUAAAUCAUAUUCAAGUGCCAUGGAAUAUCCAUUUAUAUAUGGACACCUUUACACCAGUCUUUGUAUGGACUUCAUUUUCUCCCUGUGCUGUAAGCGUAUUUACAUGGAAAUUGGUCUCUCGCCGCACAGCAUUUGCCUCCAUAAUUAAUGCGGGGCAUCUGCCACUAAAAAUAAGAAAGUAGUUAAGUUCAGUACAUACAACUGAUAUGAAAUCAUGCAAGUCUAUAUAUAAUUAUAAAGUCUUGUCUAUUUUAGAGCAUUAUUCAAUAAUGUUUGUAAUUCAUCACAAAAUAAUAUUUACUUUGAAUAAAAAUUAGAAAAAUAAACAGAGUGGAAAAUAGUAUUUUUGAGUCUUACCGAAUCCUUUUUUAGAUAAACAACAAUAUUGAUCAGAGUAUCAAGUACAGGAUUCAAUUGUCAUAUUUUCACCAAAAUCAGAAACCAUUUUAUGCCAGAAAUAACAUGGACAGAACAUAGGAAAAUGAUUUUCAAUCAGUAAAAAGCUUCCAGUAAAACUGAAUUCCGAAAUCUGUUUAGAUCACUUGAUAUUACUCUUUCUAAUAACCCAAGAAGUUUCGUUAUUCAUUUGCACUGCUGUAAAAUACAUAUCAAUAUUUGCUUGUAAAUCACAAAUCAGUAUUAUUGUGUGUUUUUACUUGUAACAGUCUGUUUAGUGUGCUUUUAAAUAAAAAAAUAAUCUAAAACAUCUAUUUUCUCAUUAAUAAAAAAGUCUGUAUGGAAUAUGUUUGUCAUAUACCUGAAUUACCACCCAUUUAUGUGGAUUGUUUUUUUUUAUAUUAAAAUGAAAAAUAUCUCAAUGACAGUUAUUUGACAAUGAAAUUCUACAGCUUCCUGCAGUUUGUAUAGAAUCACAUUAAACAGACUUUAAUCAAACUGUAAAAUAUUAUAUGCAAGGUAUCAUUUUAUGGCUUAUAAUUUAAUGAAAUAAACUUUGUUGCUCGUACUAUUUUCAAUAUGUCUUGUUCGUACAGUAAUAGUUCUAAAGAUGACAUUAUUUUCCUAUUAAUAUUAGUAAAUGAUUUCUCUUAUGGAUAUCAAAUAAAAUUUAUUACCAUAAAAUGAUACCUUCCAAACUGUUGUUAGGGGCACAGCACUGGCGAUACUGAGAUAAUUAUGCACUGUUAGUUAUGGGUUUAAAAAAAAAUCCAGUUCCAUGAAAAUACGAAAACAUUUUUUGUGUAUCAAAACUAUUGUAGAUAUGUGUUUUGAUCUUUAUGCAUAUCUGAGAGCACCCUUCAACAUUGCAGUAUUGUACUGUUAAAUGUUGAUUUUUUUAUCACAGAUAUGUUUACAUGAACAGAAUUAUACAAUUUUUCUUCAAUUAUUUCUGACUGCUGUGUUUAGAAACAUGUGUUGCAAGCUGUGUCCCUGGUUUAAAAUGUACCAAAGAUUAUCUGAACUUAUUAUUACAUCAGAAAUCCUUUAUUUUCGAGAGGAAUGGUUUUAACGUUCACAUAUUGCAAACACACACCAUUUGCAUGCACCUAAAUCAUGAUUUUGUAUAGAACGAUGGGAUUUUUUAUUUAAAAGAAUAUGUUACCACUUUAUUGAUAUUGGAAGAUACUUUAUGGGUAGAGAGACUGAUAGAUUAUGCAAAAUAUAAUGAAGUCUUUUUGUAUUUUAAAAAAAAAUAAAAAAAUCUUGACAAUCAUAUGGUUUUCUUCCAACUACGCUGAUAAUCAAAAUAUCUGUUGGUGUUUUAUCUUAGAAAUUCAUUAAAGGUAAUUACAUAAAUAUAUGUUUUUGUUGAAGUCACUCAAAAUGGAUGGGAUAACUCCUGCCUGUUUUCCCAGGAAUGCUUAUAAAUGCUUUUUGCCUGUCAUAUUGUAAAUUGCAUUAAUUUCACGAAAGUUUAAUUUCCACUAAAAUUUGCAACUUCAUGAAACUGCGAUUCAAAACUUAUAUAAUAUCUGAAAAUCCAGCUACCAUAAAUAUGUUCAGUAAAUGUUAUAUCAGCAAGAUGUUGAUAAUACUAAACUUAACCAAUUGGUAAAAACACUAAAAGUGUGAGAAUAAGGACCUCGUGAAUUUGAAGCCAUUAACUUUUUUAAAACUAUUGCUCGAUGAAUUAAGUGUAUGUUUAACUUUCUGAUAUUGUGGACUGGUAUAUUGUUUAUUAUAGAAAUAGCAAUAACUUUUUUGGAUUUUAAAUAUUAAGUAUAAGUUGUUAAUUAUUUGUGCUGUUCUGUUAAGUUUGUUCCAUACAAAAUAAUUUUGAAUGAGACUUUGAAAUACAAUAUUUGAAUUUAACUUUUAACAUGUAUAUUAUUUUAUAAUGGGAAAAUGCAAAUAUAAUUAGCUGCGUAAAUGUGAAUUAUAUAUUGUGGAUAACUAUUGUUUUAUUAUUGUUUAUGGCUGUAAAAACAGUAAUAGAGUGAAAAUAAUGUUUCAUAUCAAUCUUAAAAAGAAACUAAUUUGUAAAUUAUAAACAGAUAAAUGGCUUUAUUUGCACAAAGGAAAAUAUGAUUAAAAACAAUAUCACAGUAAUUACAAAAUGUAAACAAAUAUUUUUUUUUCUGUAUUGAAUUACUAUUCAACACAUUUCCAAUACCAUUUUAAAGCUGCACUCUCACAGAUUGACCGUUUGACACAUGUCAAUCAAUGAACAAUGUCUAUAAAUAAAUAAAUAAAAAAUUAAAAAAUAAAUCAAUAAAUAUUCCUCCUUUCCUUCAUCUGAUGAUUUUUAACCAAACAAUGGAAAUUUUCAAGAAUCUCUCAAAACUCUCACAACAUUCAGUACAAACACAGUUGGUGACAAAUUUAGGGUAAUAUUCACAUUAUAUACAUUAUUUAUUAAUGUUUACACAUAUUUAUGAUUGAGGACGCAUGUCAUUGUUUUUGUUGUUGUUGUUACACAUGUCGGUCCAUGUAUCUAAUAAAAGACAUGGGUACCUCAUCAUGAAUUUUAGUAACAAACCCACAUGUACUCUGUAUAGGACAGAAUUUCCAACUGAUGUAAAAAAAGAGAAAUAGCUAUUAAACUUAACAAUGAUCCAUACUAAAAAAUUUAACAGUCAAAUGUUACAGAAUAAUAUUGUAUAUCAACAGAGUAUCUAAGCAUAAUCAAUUUUGGUCAAGAUAGGGAGGGCCCAGCACAAGAAAGAUGCAACUGCUUUUAGUUUUCAUAGAGUUACGUCUAUCUAGCACUGAGCCCUCAAAGAAGGCAAAAUAAAUGUAUCCAUUACAGAGCUCAUGAAACGUUUGUCUGCUUGUAUUUCACAUUAUGCCACUGUCUGUAUGUAUAGUAAUGAUAUGGUGAAGAAGGACAGAGAAAUAAACUUUAAUUUUUGUAUGUUAAAAUACA